AUGAGUGAGGCAACAUAUACAGCAACAUGGGUUGCUCCAGAAGACAGAAUGUAUAUAAAUCUAUUAAGAAGGUUGACUGGGAAAUGUGAUGGUGUACUUUUUGUGAAAAAUAGUAUGAUAGAAAGAUUGGUUUUUGAAAAGUUGAUACUCAUUGCAAGAGAUUCUGGACUAAUAGGCAAGGUGAUGUGGAAAUUUCCAGGAAAUAUAUCACGAAAUCAAGGUGGACUCUGGAGAGUAUGCUUGGCUGGUAAAGAUAAGUAUAUUGUUGAAAGAAUUUACAAGUUAGAAAUACCUUGGAAAUUUGAAGAUGACUGGACAAAAUUGGCAGAUAUUUGCAAGAUGUUAUUAAUAGAAGUACCUAGGUUUAAUGAGUCUUUUUCUAGUUGCAUUAUUUCAGAUAAUUUUCAAGGCUAUGUAGUAUUAAGUCCACUAGACAAGGAUGUAUUCCCACAUCUAGGAAUUCUUAUUUUUAUAAUGUUUGUGGAGGGAUUCAUUGAUAAAUGUUCAAUUAAAGAAUUAGACAAUUAUUUAUCUCUAGCAAUGUUUGGCAGUGGUCUCCCCUUAUCAAUGUAG